UGCAACAUGGCUAGAUAUAAGCAUAAAGCAAAACAAAGAAAGCAUCAUUAAAUCGAAAACAAGCAAAGUAAAGAGAAACAAAGAAAGUUAUUGAAGAUCGUAAGUGAUUUCAGUGCGUAAACAAAAUAAAUAAAUAUCUCUCACUAUUUAAUUAACAACAAGUGCAACGACCACACAUAACCCAGCAUAGCAACAACGUCUUCCAUUUGGGGUGGAGAAAGUGUGAACGAGUGGCUAAAUUGUUAAUGCCACCAGGAAGCAGGUUGCAAACACAUUUACGCAGUUGCUUACAGUAAUCGUAUUAAUUCGGAUGUUUUGAACUCGCCGCAUCUUGCCAGUCAACGAACGCCAUGAGCAUACGCACAAGGGCACUAGUCUUUUCAACCUUCUUUGGGAGUUGCAUCGCAAUCGGACUCCUACUGGUCAGUUUAACUACAAAUCAUUGGGUGCGUGCCUAUCCGAAGCGCCUCAAUUCAACAGACUCCAAAGGUGAUAUCAAUUUUGGUUUGUUUUAUGGCAAUAAAGAUCUCAAUUAUGGCUUUGGUGUGCGCACCUCACCUAUUAUUGUAUAUACAUUUGAUCAAAAUGGCCCUGAGACAAUGAACUUUUGGCUUUGGCUUAUCACUGCUUUGGGUACCGGCUUUGGUUUGCUUAGUUGUGCAAUUUCCGCCAUUGCUGCCGUCUUGAAGGCAGCAUCUGCCGCAAAACGUCCAGGAACUAUGGUACUACUUAUCGCUUCGAACAUUUCAUCGGCUGCCGCUCAAGUGAUCGCCUUCGUUUGUUGGCUCGUGCAGUUCUAUCAAUAUUUGCAACAUAACGUACUUGCCGUACAAGAUCGUAAUUGGUACAGUCAUGGUUUAGCCUAUUUGGGUUACAGUUUCUACUUGGUAAUUGCAUCUACGCUUGUUGUUAUAUUGAAUAUAAUUAUAUUGCUGCAUGCCAAACGUCGUGAACGACACGAUCGCCAAAGACUUGAGCCACCUAGUGAGGAGAAGAAUCAAGGCGCCAUAAUGUUGUACUAGGAGCUAACGCUAUAUCCUCAUAGAAAUAUUUUUUAGCAAAAAUAUCAAAUAAUGUUUUAAUUUAUUACUCGUUGGCGUGUUUCAUGAAUCUCAAAGCGCAAAUGAACAUACUCGGAAAGUUUAUUUCCCAAAUUUCGGAGUUAAUUUCGUAUAUGUAAUAGGUGUAUAGCAUUUAAAGUAUAAGCACUGUAUGUUGUAUGCUUUUAAAUAUUUUACGAUAUAUAUAUAUAUAUAUAUACUAUAUUAAUGGACUGCCUACUUUAUCAAAUACUUAUUUUAUUCCUAUCUCGGGUUUCCGUUGAAUCUACUUGUAUAAUGUAUUAAACAUAUGUUUUUUUAAUAAAUUGAAUUUUAAAGUACAUAAUAUA